GUGCUGGGCCUGCUGCGAAAGUAUCUGGGCGAGUAUGUCCGCAACAUCCCAGACGAGGCGCUCAAGAUCAGUGUCUGGCAAGGCGACGUGGUGCUGAGGGAUCUGCAGCUCAAGGAGGAGGCGCUCAACCGCCUGCGCCUGCCCAUCGCCGUCAAGGCCGGCUUCAUCGGAUCAGUCAACCUCAAGGUGCCAUGGAGUCGCCUGGGAGUGGAGCCGGUGGUGCUGCUGCUGGACCGAGUCUUCAUCCUCGCCCACCCCUCCUCUGCCCCCGCCUCCUCCUCCCAUCAGUCAGCGGAGGAGGAGGAGCAGCAACGCCUGGAAGCAAAGAGGCGCAGAAUAGAGGAGGCGGAGGUGGCAAUGCUGGAAGCAAGGGAGCGACAGAAGGCAGGAGGCGACGAGCAGGCGGGCAGUGGGGCAUCUUGGAUAUCAUCGCUGAUCGCCACGAUAGUGGGCAACAUCAAGAUCUCCUUCACCAACGUGCACAUCCGAUAUGAGGACCUUGGCAGCCUGUCAGGGCGUCCCUUCUGCACGGGGGUGACACUGGCGCUGCUGGCAGCGGUGACCACGGAUGAGAACUGGGUGGAGACGUUCGUCACCAGCGGGGCGCUCGACAGCCUUUACAAGGCGGUGCAUCUGGAGUGCCUGGCGGUGUAUCACGACAGCAACAGCGGGCCGUGGGACCCGCACACCGCGUGGGACGCCAUGCAGGGCGCACAGUGGAGCGAGGUGUUUGAGGCGGGCAUUCAUGAGCAGGCGCCACCCAGUGCAGGUGCCAUUGACUGGGCGGCGAAUCGGCAGUUUCUGCUGCAUCCGGUGGACGGCAGGAUGCGGUACGAGCGGCGCAGCAAGAAGGAGAGGCGGCGCGACGACGUGCCGUUCCAGACGGCCGCCCUGCAGCUGGGGCAGGUGGCGCUCACUCUCUCACAGACGCAGUACGAGGACGGGAUGAGGUUCAUGGAGGCGGCAGCGCUGUACCGCCGCCGUGUGGACGUGGCUCACCUGCGCCCGCGCCUGCCCGUGCGCUCCCACGCCGCCCUCUGGUGGCGCUUUGCUGCGCGCGCCCUGCUGCAGCAGCACCACGCCCUCAGGCCAACGAUGACAUGGAAGGGCAUCAAGGACAGCUGCACCAUGCGGCGCCGCUAUGUGGCGGCAUACUCGCAGGCGCUGCUGGACGCGUGGGCGGCGGGCGCCCCUGUCAAGCCGGGCGCAGCAGCGGACAGCGCUGAGAUGCGCUCCAUCGAGGCGCUCGUCAGCGUGGAAGUCGCCCUGCUCUGGCGCAUGCUGGCGCACUCACAGGCGGAGCGCAGCCGCCCCAAGGCGCAGCGGCAGGCAGUGCAGCCCAAGGCCAAGGGGUGGUUCGCCUCCUGGCGAGGGGCAUCCGUGCCAGCGGACGCAGGGGGUGGCGAGGGGGCGGAGGAGGAGGGGGAGGCGGGGGGGUUGAGUGCGGAGGAGUGGGAGAAGAUAGAGGAGCUGGUGCGCGCGGGGGAGGAGGCGCAGUACGAGCCGGGGCAGGCGGCGGCGGGGGCGGUGCAGAUGGAGGUGCAGGUGGGCAUGGACUGCUUCCGUGCUCGCCUCGUGGACGGGGGGGCGGGUGUGGACGUGGUGUGCGGGUCGUGCCACCACCUGCACGUGGCGCUGCGCCUCUACCCCCUCAUGCUCAAGGCUGACGUCAGCCUGCGCCUCUACGACCUUGCUGUGCCCGAAGGCACCCUCAUUGAGAGUGUGAGCAGGGAGGGCAAGGAGGCGGCACUGACAGCAUCAUUCGUGCAGCACCCCAUCGAUGAGCACCUCGACUGGAUGCUGCUCGCCGCCCUCUCGCCCUGCCACGUCACGCUGUGGCGGCGCAGCAUAGACCGAGUGCUGCACUUCCUGCGGGCAGGCCAGCAGGCCACACCUGCCGUCGCCCUCGAGACCGCCGCCGCCCUGCAGAGCAAGCUAGAGGACGUGCGGCGGCAGGCCCAGCAGCAGCUGCAGCAGGUGCUGCAGCGACGCACCAGGUUCUCCAUCGACCUGGACGUGGACGCCCCCAAGGUGGCCAUCCCCGCUGACCCCUCGCCCCACGGGGAGCCGCCCACGCAGCUGCUGCUCGACUUCGGCCACUUCACCCUCAAGACCGACCAGGACGACCCAUCGGCGGAGGGCAGUGAGGCGGCGGCGGCGGCAGCGCUGUACACGCGGUUCAAGAUCACGGCCACCGACAUCUCCAUGUCCAUCGCUGAUGGCGCCUUUGACUGGCGCCGCUACCAGCAGCAGCAGGGGCAGCACGGUGGCACGGAUGGGGAGGCGGGUGCAGGGGAGGGCGCAUCGGGAUCAGGGUGGCUGCGCCUGGACUUGCUGCAGAAGUGUGGCCUCUCUGCCGUGCUGCACCAGAUGAUGGUGGAGCACCCCAGCUACCCCACCACACGCAUUGCCGUGUGGCUGCCGUGCCUCGCCUUCCACUACUCGCCCGCCCGCUACCGCCGCCUCAUGCGCGCCCUCCGAGCGCUCUCCCCCGCGCCGCCUCCUGCUGCUGAAGCCGAGGCUGCAGAGGGCGGGGUGGCAGGAGAGGUUGAAGGGGCGGUGGCGGUGCGGCGAUGGCAGCAGGCGGACCAGGCGGGGGAUGUGUGCCUGCUGCAGUGGACGCGCAUAGGCAGUGCAGCGGAGUGGGUGCCGUACUGGGCGGCACUGGUGGGGCCCACACUGUACCUGCUGGACCACCCCGAGGCCACCAAGCCACACAAGCAGAUAAAUCUGAGCAGCGCCAUGGGGGUGCUGGACGUGCCCCCACAGCACAUAGCGGGCUACCACCACGUCAUUGCCCUCGCUGCCCGUGGCGCUCAACCUGCCAAGGUGGUGCUGUCAGGGCAGGCGGUGGUGCUGCGGCUCAAGUCGGAGGCACUCAAGGCGCACUGGGCUGCACGCCUCACAACCGCACUCUACCACGCCUCUGCGCCUGCCUCCAUGGACCUCCUCACCAACGAUGCCUUCUCCACCGAAGCACCUGAUGGAGCACCUGAAGAAGCACCUGGUCAAAUGCCGCCCGCCUCACCUGAGCGACAGCUGGCCCCAGGAGAGCCUUUGUCGCCGUCUGUGCGUGCGGCACCGGUAGUGGUGGAGGGGGAGGGCAUGGGGGCGGGAGCAGGAGCGGGCGCACAGGAGAAGCCGUUCCUCUACAUCAUGGGCGCCCUGGACGACCUGCGCCUCGCCAUCAGCUCCGUGCGGCGCGGGGCGGCGUCGUGGGACGAGGAGGAGAGGAUCAUCGAGAUCCGGGCGGCGGGCGGCAAGGUGGAGGUGCAGCAGCGGUCAGCGGACGUGGCGGUGGGGGUGGGCGUGCGCGAGGUGGAGGUGGAGGACUUCUUCCAGGGCGCUGGCGCCCUCGCCCCCACCUGCCGCCUCAUGGCUCGCUCCCUGCUCGCCCCCCACGGCGCUCCCACUGCUGCUGCUGCGGUGCCGCGCAGAGGAGGGGGACGGGAGGGUGGAGAGGAACAGAAGAAGGAGCAGGAUGUAGGGGAGGGUUUGCGUGGCGAUGGUGGGAGUGGUGGUGGUGAGAGCGGUGGAGGGAGUGGCAGGCACGCGGGUGCAGAUGUGGCGCCUGGGGCUGAGCAGGUGGUGCCAGAUGUGAGCACAAGGGAGACACCGGAGGGCGCUGAGACAGGGGACGAGGGGAUGAAAGAGGAGGGCAAGGAAGGCAAGGAGAGCGAGGAGGGUAAGCAGGGCAAGGAGGAGGAUGUGGACAAGGAGGAUGAGGAAGAGGAUGAGGAUGGUUUUGCGGACGCAGAGGCGGAGUUCCUGCUGUCGCCCACAUCAUCAGGGGCGUCCACGCCACGCCACGGCGCAGCAGCAUUCGAGGGCGAGGCGGCGGGGGGGUACGGCGGUGCAGCGGAGUUCUUUGACGCGCGCGACUUCGCUCUGGACGACGGCGACGCCGCCAACGUGCCCAGCUUUGGCCGUGCGGGGCGGCUGUUGCCCGACAUGGGGUGGCAGCACGCGGGGACGAGCAAGCAGCGCAAGAGGCAGGGGGAGGGCGAGGAGGAGGAAGGGGGGGCAGGCGGGGAGGAGGAGGAGGAGGAGGGAGACUUUGUGGUGGUGCAGAUCGGCAUGUACCAGCCGUCGUCGUCCAGCUACACUGGCGUUGACACCCAGGUGGCAGUGGAGAUGGCAACGCUCGAGUUCUUCUGCAAUCGUCUCUCCAUCGUCGCUCUCAUGGAACUCUCCACCUACCUCUCACCGCCGCCUCUCCCCUCCUCGCCUGCUGACACCACCGCCACAGCCAUACAGCCAUCCGCAGCUCCUGCUGUGCCUCCCACUGCUGCACUCCCGGCCCCUGCUUUCCCUGCUGCUGAUAUUAGCAGCCCUGGGAUGGGAGGCAGCAGCAUCAGGGGAGGGGAUGAAGGGCGGAAGGGAGAGGGUGUGGAGGAGAAGGGGGAGCGGGAGGGGCAGAUGGGGCGGGAGGCGGUGAAGGGGUUGUUGGGGCGGGGCAAGGCGAGGGUCGUGUUUGGGCUGCACAUGGCCAUGCAGCACGCGCGCAUCUUCCUCAACCUCGAGGACGGCCGCCAGCUCGCCAUGCUGGAGCAGGAGAGGCUGAGCGUGCAGGUCAAGGUAUUCCCUGCAUCGACACGUGUCAACGCCUCGUUGGGCAAUCUGAGGCUGUGCAACCUGCAGCUGCCACCAUCCCACCCCUGGCGCUGGUUCUGCGACCUGCGCGACAAGCAGAGCGCCUCGCUGGUUGAGAUAGAGUACAACUCGUACAACCCCGACGACGACGACUACGAGGGCUACGAGUACAGCAUUGAUGGCAAGCUGUCCGCCGUGCGCCUCAUCUUCCUCUACCGCUUCGUGCAAGAGUUCAUGGCGUACUUCUGGGGGCUGGCGGCGCCGGGGGUGAGGCAGGAGAUGUUGGUGCGCGUGGUGGACGCGGUGGGCGGCAUCGAGCGGCGCAUCCAGCAGUGGGAGGUGGCCGGCAGCAGCGGCAUCCGCUACAACGUCUCCCUCGAUGCGCCCAUCCUCAUUCUGCCUCGCACCACCGACAGCCAAGAGUUCAUGCAGCUGGGACUGGGGCACAUGGGCAUCAGGAGCAGCGUGGAGUGGCGCGGAGGCAAGUCCAUUGAGGAUGCCGGCGCUGUGCGCUGUGAUGUGAUUACUGUGGAGAGUCGCGACGUGAGUCUGCUGGUGGGCGCGGAGGGCGUGGCGGGGGCGGCCAUGAUAGAGCGCAUGGCGGGGCUCACACUCACCAUCCAGCGCCAACUCAGAGACCUCUUCAAGAAGCUGCCCACCUACCAGUUCCACAUCCACCAGAUGGGCGAGCUGCGCGUGGUGAUGAGUCACCGCGAGUACCUCAUCAUCUGCGACUGCCUCUUCGCCAACCUCGCCGAACCCCCUCAGCCCCCACCCUACUUCCGCCUCCCCCCUCCCUCCUCCUCCUCCGCCUCCUCAUCCGCCCAGCCGUCCCUUCCCACUCCUUCCGCCCAAGUCACGAGCCCCACCUCUCCUUCCUCCCCUCGCUCGCCCACGCCUCCAUCCUCGCCCCCUCCCACUGCUGUUGUAGCUGGCGGGCAAACAGGCGAGGGCAAGGGUGCGCAGGGGGCACAAGGGGAAGGCGGGCAGGGGAGGGCGGGCGAGGUGGCGAAGGCGGGAGGGGCAGGGGCAGCAUUCACGUACUUCAGAGUGCUGGUGGACGUGCAGCACGUGCAGAUGGAGCUCUUCACCGGCCACACCCGCGACUCCUCCCUCGCCCUCCUGCAGGUCAGUCACUCCCUCGCCCUGCUGCAGAUCGAGGGCCUGUGGGUGGAGUACCGCACGACCAGUGCGAGGGAGAUGGAGGUGAUGCUCUCGCUGCCCACCAUGGCCAUCAUCGACCGCCGCGCUGCCACGCGCCAGGAGCUGCGCCUCAUGAUGGGCUCCGCGCUGCACGCCCACUCCCAUGCCCCGCCCGCCCCCCCGGGGCACGGCGCAGUGCCGGCAGGGGCCAAGGCAGAGGGGGCGGCAGAGCAGGGUAGAGGGGGCGAGAUGGGGGGAGGGGCACCGCCAGUGGCGCUGAGCAUGGUGGUGCUGAACUACUCGACUCGCCCCACUGCGCGCGCCGUGGUGCUGCGCUUCCAGCGCCCACGCGUGCUGGUGGCGCUCGACUUCCUCCUCGCCGUCACCCACUUCUUCUUCCCCUCCCUCGCCGCCUCCUCCGGCAACGACACUGACAGGGACGAGCGCGACGACCCCGCCAGCCUGGCGCACGCUGUGGUGCUGACAAGUGGCACGACGCGACAGGCGGAGGCGGUGGUGACGGUGUCGCCGCAGCGGCAGCUGAUAGCGGAGGUGGCGGGGGUGGAUGAGUAUGAGUAUGAUGGGUGUGGGGGGGUGCUGCGCCUCCUGCCCUCUGAUGCCCAGGGGGGCACAGCGGUGCCGGCGGGCAAGCAGCAGGGCGAGGGAGUGGCGGGCGGGCCGGUGAUAGUGGUGGGCAACGGGAAGCACCUGCGGCUCAAGAACAUCACUGUGGAGAGUGCGUGGGCGUGGGAGCAGAGUGUGUACCUGGGGUGCGACAGCAGCUUCACUGCCGACCCUGAGGACGGUGUUAUCUGGCGCCACACCCCCCUCGCUCCUGGCCCCAAUGCUGCUGGGGGCGAGGGCAGCGGGGCAGAUGCGGGAGGUGCAGGGGCGGGUGGGGAGGCAGAGGUUCCUCCGGAGCAGACCUCCUUCUCCUUUGACCUUCAGGCGGUGGGGCCGGAGCUGACGUUCUACGACAGCACCAAGUGGCCCGCCGGCAUCCCCUUCCGCCCCGAGAGGAUUCUGCGCGCCUCCUUUGACGUUAGCCUGCUGUACGCAGCGAAGGGCAUGGACACGUGGGUGAAGGGGACGGUGAGGGGGCUGCUGGUGGAGACAGCGGCGGGGCUGGCGGUGGUGGAGCCGGUGGACGCCCACUGCGAGCGCGAGUGCGUGGCCGGCAAGACCUCCCUCGAGCUCGCCUGCACCGAUGUGUCGCUGCGCCUGCCCUUCCACUCUCUGCGCCUGCUGCACCGCCUCCACGCCGACACUGCUGCCGCCCUCAAGCUGGGCGGCGGGCCCGUGGCGGUGCGGUGCCGGCAGUUUGACCGCAUCUGGAACUCCGGCACGGACUCGCAGGAGGGAAGGGCAGGAGGGGAGGGCGAGCAGCCCAUCACGCUGUGGCGGCCCUGUGCGCCUGCAGGCUAUGCCAUCCUGGGCGACUGCGCCACCGUGGGGGCGGCGCCGCCAGAGCACGCAGUGCUGGCGGUGAGCACGUCCUUCAGACGAGUCAAGCGCCCCCUCGGCUUCUCCCUGCUCUGGUGCUCCCACGCGCCCGCUGCCGCCGCAGCAGAGGCGGCAGCGCGCGGGGAGGGAGGGGAAGACACGCACUGCCGCAUCUGGCUGCCGCUGGCGCCGCCCGGCUAUGCUGCGCUGGGAUGCGUGGCGGCAGUGGGGCGAGCGCCGCCACACGUGUCCACGGUGCACUGCGUGCGCAUCGACCUGCUCACUCCCUCCUCCCUCAGCGACUGCAUCUUCUACCGUCCUGGUGCCGGUUCGCCCACAAGUGAGCCGGGUGGCACGGAGCGGAGUGGCGGCAGGGGGGGAGGGGCGAGCAUGUGGGUGGUGGGCAACUCCAUGCGCACCUUCUUCGCCUGCCAGGGCACGGCCCCGCCACCACCCGCCGUGCUGAGGGACCUGCGGGAGGAUCUGCGCUUCCACCCCGCCACCACCGCACCCGACCCCGACGAUGCCGACCCUGAAGCCUCCUCGCACUCCCCCACCUCCACGUCGCUCACCCGCGUGCCUUCCGGGCGCGGAGACUCCCUCGCCCGCCUGCCCUCCUCGCGCUUCCAACCGCCCCUCGCUGCCUCCGCCUCUGCACUCGCCAGUGCGGCGGGGGCGGUGCGGCCAUUCGUGCCGGCGGCAAGCUUUGAGCGCGUGUGGUGGAGCAAGGGCGCGGCGGGUGUGACAAGCCACGUGAGCUUCUGGCGGCCCGCGGCAGUGCCGGGCUAUGCCAUGCUGGGCGACUGUGUGGCGGACGGCUUCGACCCACCUGACGCGGGGCUGCUGCUGUUGGACGACCUGGAAUCGGGCCGCGUGGCGGCGCCCCUCAGCUUCCUGCACAAGCUCACACUCGCCCAACCCGCCUGGCCCGACGAGGCCUCUGUGUGGUUCCCCUUGGCGCCCCCCGGCUACGUGGCGCUGGGGUGCGUGGUGACGCGCGGCCGCGAGCCCCCCUCUGCAGCGCUGGGUGUGCGCUGCGUGCGAGCUGACCUGCUGGCGCCCAAGGGCUUUGCUGGCCGGCCUGCAUGGACUGUUGGUGUGCCGCCCAAAGGAGAGUCCAUCGCCAGCUUCUGGCCCGUCAUCAACCAGGCGGGCACGUUUCUGGUGCACAGCGAUGCGCGGCGGCCGCCACAGCGGAUGGGGUAUGGGCUGGCGGAGCUGGAGAGGCCGGAGCGGCCCGACAACUUUGAUGCCAACCUGCGCACGCCCCGCGUCUCCCUCACCCUCUUCGACGACGUCUCCGGCGUCAUGGUGCCAUGGGUGGAUGUGACGGUGGAGGGCAUACACCUGACGCUGCACGGCCGCCCGCACGCACUCAACGCCGUGGUGCUCACAUCAGUGGCCGCCUCGUCCUUCAACUCGCACCUCGCCCUCUGGGAGCCGCUGCUCGAACCCUUCGACUCCAUCUUCAAGUACGAGUGGGAGGGCGAGGGCAGCGAGGAGGCGGGGGCAGCGGGCAGUGUGCAGAUGCGGGUGACGGCGACGAGUGUGGUGAACGUGAAUGUGACGGCCACCAGUGUGGACGCCCUCACAGCCGCCACUCAUGGGUGGAGCAAGCUCGUGCAGCACGAGGCCAACACCAGGCGCGCCCUGCUGCAGGGAGCAUCACCAGCAGCAGCAGCAGCGGCAGCAGAAGGGGAAGGAGGGAGGAAGGAGGGAGGGGAGGAGGGGGGCGUGGCAGUGGACAGGGAGGACGCCCUACGAGUGCUCGUGGACAACCGCCUGGGCGCGCCUCUCUACGCGCGCUCCGCCAAGGACGCCUUUGCCCAUCUCUACACGCUGCCGCCCGCCCACACGUCGUCCGUGCCGCUGCCGCCCUUCCAGUUCCCUGACAUGCUGCGCCCCUCCGCCGUUGCUGGUGUGGGCGGCAAGCGUCGGCACAGCACUCGGCGCUUCAUGGCUCUUCGCCUCAUUGAGGGGCUGGUGAGGCGCACUGGGGGGGCUGAUGGGGCGGGCUGGGGGGGGCUGGGGAGGCGGGCUGGAGCGGCUGGUGGGGCUGGUGAGGCGUAUGGGAGGGGCCUACCGGGCAGCGAGCUGAACGGGGAGGACUUCAUCUGCAAGCUGCGCGUGGCGGAGGCAGGCGCGCAGCCGCUGGCCAAGGGGCAGCAGCUGCCGCAGACGGCUCGGUCGCGCGCCAUCCGCCCUGCAGGGGGGCUGGCAUGCCCGCAUGCGCGCGAGGGCAUGGGGUGUGCCAUGCCACGCGGAGGGGCGGGAGAAGGGGGAGAGGGCGGGAGAGCAAAGCUGUGGCGAGUGCAGUGGAACGAGGUGUUCGUGUUCGAAGUGCCGGCCCAGAAGGAGUCGCGGCUGGAGGUGGUGGUGAGCAACCAGGCGGCCAACGCGGGGCGAGGGGCCACAGUGGGCACGGCGGCUGUGCCCAUGACUGCCGCUGCUGCACCCACCCUCUCCGACUGGGCUGCUGUCACCGACGCCCUCGGCAUUGGCGGCCUCUCCCCCGCCUCCCAAGCCACCCAGCACACCCUUGUGCUGCAGCCGCCCAAGAGGAAGCAGCAGCAGCAGCAGCAACAGCAACAGCAGCAGCAGGCCUCGCCUCGCCUGCGCAUUGCAGCCGUCUUCUUCACAGUGGGCCCCAGCGGCCAUCUGCUGGCCCACCAGCAGCAGCAAGAGCAGGCGGUGGCAGAGGCCAGCCAGGAACAGCCAGACUGUUUGAUCCAGCUGGCGUGCCGCCCGGACGGCGAGUGGUGUUGGGUGCGCUCCAUGGCGGGUAUCAUGACGCUGGCGCUCGCCCUGGAGGGCCGGCCAGUGGCGGCGGAGCUGGGCGUGCAGGGGGGCCUCAAGUGCGUCACGCUGCGCUCGCUGGUGCUGCUGCGCAACGCCACGGACGUGCCGGUGGACGUGUGUGUGUGCCCCUUCGUGCUGCUCGACUUUGCGGAUGAGGAUGCGGAGGAGGAGGUGGAGGAGGAGAUGUAUGAGAACCAGCGGUACCAGCCCAUGCUGGGGUGGGGCUCGCUGUGGCCCGGCCACUUCAUGCCCGGCGACCCGGCGCGCUUCUCAGCGCUGGACCUCUCCCACGCGUGCCAGGACCUGCCCGAGGUAUGUCCACGCGGGUGGGCGUGGGUGGGAGCGUGGCAGCGCGACCAGGCAGCACCCGGCGAUGUGGAGGGGUGGCUGUAUGCGCCCGACUUCCGCUCGCUGGCGUCGCCCGAUGCGCUGGCGAACGUGGCGCAGAGCAAGGGCCCCUUUGACUUUGUGCGCCGCCGCCGCUUCUCGCGCACGCGGCGCCGCCUGCCACGCCCGUCGGGUGCGCCCAAGGAGCACGUGCGCACGACCCUGGGGACACUGGCUCCUGGGGAUUCCCUGUCGCUUCCCUGGGGCUGCCUCUCCCCUGGCUCCGACUGGUGCCUGCAGGUUCGGCCCAAGGCUGCUGCAGGCUCGGCAGGCAGCAGCAAAGGAAGUGAGAAGUACGGGUGGAGCAGGCUGGUGCCUGGAGCGUCGGGUAGCGGUGGAGAGGGCAGUGCCGGGGCGGGCAGCAGGGCGGAGGCGGCACGGCGGCAGCAGCUGGCGACGGCGUUUGUGCUGCCGGACCUGAUGAGGGCGGCGUCGUGGGAGAAGGGCGGCAAGCGCGAGGAGCUGCUGCAGUGCCGUGGCACCCGCGGGUGCUGGUGGUUCUGCCUGGAGGCGGACGGCGUGAAGCUGCAGGGCGGGGAGGGCGUGGGGGCAGCAGGGGUGGUGGACUGGCGGGUGACGCUGCGGGCGCCACUGCAGCUGGAGAACCGGCUGCCGUGCAGCGCGGAGUACUUCGUGUGGGAGAAGCCCAGCAGCAGCGCAGCCCAGGGAGCGGGCAGCAUGGUGGGCGUGGGGGGCGCGUCGCGGUCGGUGGCUCGGCAACAUGGCGUGGUGGGGCCAGGCGAGGCGGUGCAUGCGUACAGCAUUGACAUCCGCUGCCCCGUGCUGCUCUCCUGGCUGCCUCAGGGCGGCUGGAAGCAGGAGAAGGACGCGGUGCUGCUGUGGGACGCGCUCACCCACGAGGUGCCGGGGGGCUUCUGGAUGACCAACGUGCAGAACAAACGGCGGCUGCACGUGAAUCUGGAGGUGAGUGGCGGGGCAUCAGAGGCAUCAGCGCGGGUGGUGCGGGUGUUCGUGCCCUUCUGGCUCGCCAACCACUCCUCCAUGCCCCUCGCCUGCCGCAUCGUUGAGAUCGAGCCGCCUCCGGGCGCCACGGCAGCAGCGGCGGCGGCAGUGGAGUCGCUGUGGCAGAUACCCACGCGCUCGCUCUCCUCGCGCGCGCUCAGCCUAUCCGCCUCCGCCAGCACGCGCCAGGCCGUGGCGGCAGCGGUGGCGCCGGCAGUGGGGGCGGUGGGGGCGAGCAAGGUGGUGCGCAGCCUGGAGGACAUCGAGGAGGCGCCGCAGCAGCAGGCCGUGAUGCUGUCGCUGCCCUCCGUGGCCAACGUGGGGCUGGCUGUGGCGCUCUCCAAGGGGGGCGUCUUCAGCUCCGCCAUCCCCCUCACCGCCUUCCAGGACAAGAUGGAGCGGGCGGACCUCAAGGCGGUGGAUGCCGCAGGCAGCUAUCUGCGCCUCUCGCUGUCCCUCGACAUGUCCUCGCUGCGCUACGAAGGCACCAAGGUGAUUCGCCUGCAGCCGCACACGGUGUUCUCCAACCACACGGGGCGGCCGCUGCACAUCAGACAGGCGGGCGGCAACAUCGUCCGACACCUGGCGCCUGCUGAUUCGAUGAAGCCCAUCGUGUGGGAGUCCAUCUGGCUGGCUGAACAUUUGCAGGUGCGCAUCGACGGCUGUGAUUGGAGCCGCCCAUUCUCCAUCGACGGCGACGGCAGUGUCUUCGUUGUCAUGCGCCAUGCCGUGCAACCCAGCCGCCCACCCUCCAUAGGCCGGGCGGAGUGGGACGGCAGUGGGCGGCGGGGGCGGGAGCUGCUGCUGGCGGAUGUGGUGGAUGGCGCCAGUGCAUGCCGCUACCAUGUCGUCUUCACACUCGCUCCACCCUAUGGGCCCUACAAGAUAGAGAACCGCUCGCAGCUGUUUCCGGUGCGGUACCGGCAGGCGGGGGCGGGGGACGAGGCGUGGGAGGCGCUGGCGGUGGGGGCGGCCAAGUCGUUUGCGUGGGAGGACGGGCGCGGGCUGCGCCUGCUGGAGCUCAUGGUGGACGGCGCGCACUCCUCCACGGCGCGCCGCGUCGCCAUUGACGACCCCGCUGUUCUUGAGCCCGCCACCAACGCAUCUGGCCGCCCCGUGGCGCCGCUGCUCGUCACCGUGGCCCGAGAGCCCGCACCGUCGGGAGGCGGGUGCGUGAUGCGCGUGUGCCUGCACGACUGGCGCCCCUCCGAUCCCUCCCUCGUGCACCUCGCCCUCUCCCUCACGCCCUCUUCCCUCCUCACCGCCGCUCCCCCCGCCCACACCGCGGGGAGCGAGGGGGCCAGCGCGGUGGCGACAGCAGAGGGGGCGGGGGGCGGAGGGGAGCGGCGGGUGGUGGUGGUGGUGGAGGUGGAGGAGUGUGGCGUGUCGGUGGUGGACGCCACGCCCGAGGAGCUGCUCUACAUCUCCAUGACUGGCGCCCUCCUCUCCCUCGACUCCACCGCGCCCUCCUCUGCGCGCCCAGGCACCUCGGGGGGGAGUGGGUCGGGAGGGGUGAGCCGGGUGAAGCUGCAGGUGGGGCACCUGCAGAUUGACAACCAGCUGGCCGUGACGGCCAUGCCUGUGUUGCUGGCACCUGAGGAUCCACCUGGGGUGGUGCAGCCGUACGUGCUCAAGCUCACUGUGGCAAUGCGCCCGGCACGGGACGAGGAUGAGCAGUCCUUCCCCUACAUCGGCCUGCAGCUGCCGAGUGCCGCCUGGCUGGUGAACAUCCACGAGCCAAUCAUCUGGCGUCUGGCCGACAUGGUCAAGCGCCUCUCCGCCCACCGCCUCGACGCCCCCACGCAACCCACCUCCGUCUCCCUCGACCCGCGCGUGCACGUGGGGCUGCUGAACAUAUCGGAGGGGCGGCUGAAGCUGACGAUGGCCAUGUCCCCGCUGCACCGCCCGCGCUACAUGAUGGGCUUCUGGACGUCCGUGCUCACCUCCAUGGGCAACACCGAUGAGAUGCCGAUCCGCCUGUCCCCGCGGGUGCGCGAGGGGGUGGUGUUGCGGCGCAGCCAGGUGUGGGCGGAGGCGGGGCGCAGUGUGAGCAACGACCUGCUGGCGCAGCCGUUCCGCCUGCUGUCGGGGCUGGACGUGCUGGGCAACGCCAGCAGCGUCGUGGGGCAGGUCAGCAAGGCCGUGGCCGGCAUGAGCAUGGACCGCGCCUUCAUCCGCGCGCGCCACAAGCACGACGCCAAGGCCGCCGUCGGCUCGCUGGGCGACGGGCUGCGCGAGGGCGGGGAGGCGCUGGCCAAGGGGCUGUUCCGCGGGGUCACGGGCAUCCUCACCAAGCCCAUUGAGGGCGCGCGCGACGGCGGCGUGGAGGGCUUUGUGGCGGGCAUGGGGCGCGGGCUGAUCGGCGCGGCGGCGCAGCCGGUGAGCGGCGUGCUGGACCUGGUGAGCAAGACCACGGACGGCGUCAACGCGGAGCGCGCACGCCUCUCCGCCGCCAUGACCGCCAAGCUCGCUCUGCGGCGCCGCCGCCUGCCGCGUGCCAUCCGCGGCGACCACGUGGUGCGGCCGUACGACGAGUACGCGGCGAGGGGGCAGACCAUCCUGCAGCUGGCGGAGUGGGGCGCGCUGGCGGGCGCGAGCGUGUUUGACAUCCGCGAGAAGGGCAAGUUCGCCCUGAGCGACGCCUAUGAGGACCACUUCCACCUGCCGGCGCGGCGCAUCCUCAUGAUCACCCACCAGCGCACCAUGCUGCUCGAGCAACCGGGCGGCGGAGCGCUGGCAGGGGGGCGCAAGCCGGACCUGACUCGGGAGGCGUGCAGCAUCGUGUGGGCGGUGGCGUGGGGCGACCUGCUGUCUCUGGAGGUCAUGCGCGGCCGCGAUGAGUCGCCCUCCGCCCCGCCGUCACGCGUGGUGCUGCACCUUCGGGAGUGGUCGGCGGACGUGCGGCUGCUGGACGCCAAGGAGAUCGCCCGUGUGGUGCUGUGCCAGGCGGGCACGGAGCAGGCGCAGCAAGUGCGAGACGCCAUCCAGCGCGCCCUCGACCAGUUCGGCCCCGAUCGGGCCACCGUCGCUGCUCAGACACGCAAGCGGCGGCAGGAGAGUCGGCCGUACACGGGGGCGGGGGCGGGGGCGGCGUCUGGGGCGGCGUUGGGGCUGCUGGCGGGGCCAGCUGCGCCGGUGGUGGUGCCGGUGAUGGCGACGUUUGGAGCGCUGGUGGGCGGCGCGGGGCAGGUGAUGCUGGAGGCCGACAGCCAUGGCGACCUCGCCUCCCCCUCCUCCCGCCACCGCCCCUCCCUCGCUGCUCCUGCCUCCGGCCCCGCUCGGCCGCGUGCCAUGACGGGCAGAGGCAGCUCCGGGGACGUGGCAGGGGCGGACGUGAACGGGCCGCCUGCCAUUGUGGUGAAGGCAUUCAAGCUGAUGUGGUGGGACAAGGUGAGAGGCAUUCAAGCUCAUGUGGUGGGACAAGGGAGCGGUGUGGAGCCAGAAGUUCCCCGUCUCCAUCUGGCGCCCCAUCCUGUGCCCAGGGUAUGUGUCGGUGGGGGACGUGGCAACACCAGGGUACGACCAGCCGGUGAGGAGCACCGUCUAUCUCGACACCGGCGCCGGCAAGUUCGCUCCGCCUCUCGGCUUCGAUCUG